AUGGACGACCUCCCACUCGCCCUCGCAGAAAUCAGCGAUCUCCGCGCAGAACUCGAUCGCGAACGUCGCAUGCGCCGCGCGGCCGAAUCCCUCGCCAAAUCCCUCGCACGCGAACUCGCCGACGAGCGUCGCACCCGUGCUGAUGCCGAGGCUGAGACGGCGCGGUGCCGCGAGGCCGCAGAUCGCGCGGUCAGAGAGGCGGACGAUGAUCGGCGGAUGCUGAAGCUCGCGGAGGCGUGGAGGGAGGAGAGAGUGAAGAUGAAGCUCGCCCACGCAGCUAUCCUUCUGGAGGAGAGGAUGAGAGAGGUUUCCGGUAAUGGAAUGCAGAAGACCGGUGAGGUUGAUUGUGUAGUCGCCGGCCGGCAGGGUAGAGAAAGAGAGGGAAGGGAGGCGGAGAAUCCGCACAUCAGGAGAGGAAUGAAUGGGUUCGUGGAGUUUUCGAGGGCGUUUAAGGUUCCGUCACCGGGAUUGGGGAGGGAUAGGUUUCGUGGCGGCGCCGGUGGGUUGGAGUGCGAGAAAGCUCAGCUCAGAGUUUUGAUGAAAUAAUUUAUUUAUUUUAUUUUUGGGUAAAUUUUGAGCAUUAUUAGUUCCCGGAGUUUGAAUUUGGAAAAGAAUAUUACAUGUCUCAUAUACAAUAAUAUUGUAUGUCAUAAUAUUGUGUGGAACAUGAAAUUCAGAAUGCAUCAAGGAUUUA